UUCCGAGGAACAAGGCAUCGGAGAAUGCCAGGACUGUCGGUAGUGAGCUACGCGCAGUGGUGUGUGUGGUUGAACGCGGCAAUCGCUUCUUUUACUUCCUCUGUGUCUCUGCCACUGCGAGCUUGAUGAGUUCGAGACUCCUCCCCGAAAUUUGACGCCCUAAACGUGGGUUGAGGUUGACGAUGUGAAUGGGCUUUCGCGGCUUUUCUCUUGCUUGCACGUGGAUUGCAGGGGAGGGAUUUGACUGGGGCUCAGUGGCGUUCGUGGAUCGCUGCAGCGAUGUAAGAACCUGAGGGAAGUGUUGAGUAUGCAUGGCGGGAGAAUUGCAGGAUGCUACGUUAGAUGAUUUCCUGAAGCAACCAGUUAAAAUGCCUGUCUCUGCAGAAAAUGACUUGAAGUUAGAAUGGAUUUCUACCACAAUCGAUGCUUUGGAAAAUCUACCUCACAUUAGGAACUUAAAUGCGCUUCUUCUGGAAACGAUUAGAAGGCUUGAAACAUUGCUGAAGGAACUCCCUAGGGAAACAUGGACAAGAGUGGAGGAAAAAACUUUGAGAAAACUUGGGAAGGCCUUCGAAGAUGUUUCGAGAUCGGCAAUGGAAUGGAAGAGGCAUAGGCUUCGGCUUUUACUUACUGAGGACACAUGUGCAGCGGAAUUGUACGAUGCGGUCAUGAAUGUACAGGACAGAUUUAGCGAGUUGGAGGUUCAUCAAAACUGCAAGGGAGAAGCUAAUUCAAUAGUAAAGCAACUUGGCCAAGUAGCACAGGAACUGGGAGAGGAAAGUGACUGCAGUGAACUCAACAAAGUUUCAGCCGCCUUCAAGAAGAAGUUGUUGGAUUUUCUUCGUUCGAACAGCUACUCUCGUUCCUCAGAACACGCGACUUUCGCUUGCACUUGGCUUGCCAAACAGCUUGACACAGACGUCGAUACUAUCAGGCAGGAAUUGCAAGAAAUAAAGAAACAUGCGCACGCCUCCCCACGCCAGAUGCAGAAAAUUGAUUCUGAGCUGUUAGAGCAGUUAAUUCUGUUCAUGACAGAAGCUGAAACAAUAACGUCCACAUCAGAUUGCCUUUUUGAUAUCAAAUCAAAAUUGGAAUGUGGUCUUUGCAAACGCCUUAUGUUAAGGCCAGUCGUAAUUGACAGCGGGGUAUCCUUUUGCAAGGGAUGCAUUGAAGAGUACUUGAAAUGUGAGAAAACCAUUUGUCCUGUUACUGGCAGACCGGUUAGCAGACGCUUCGUCGUCAGUGUUACUCUCCAAGAUUUGAUAACCUGUUGUGGAGGAGCAGUAGAGUCGGCUGUGGAUGAACCUACUACAGAAGAGGGAAACUCAAGUGAUAUCAGUGUAGAUGGUCCCUUCAUUGAUGAUUCUCUGGAGAGGAGAAUAGAGCUCGGAUUAGAACAGCUUUGUUCAACUGCUAGAAGAAGAGUGCUUGCGGGGUUUUCCCAUCUUACCAAGUGCGCAUUAUUACCAGGGGGUCCACGUGCAGUGUUCAAUGCGCAAUAUCUACCUAAAUCAUCUUCACCAGAUGAAUCGGAAGCUAUGAAAGUUAUACCAACUGCUAUAAAGUUAGCAAGGACGCAGGACCCACAAUAUACUAAGCGUGCGGUGAAGUUAAUGAAGGCUCUCACUUCCGACCUUAAUGAGGUGGAGGGAGCUGACCCUGAAAUCGUUGAUGAAGUAGCUGAAGGAUUGGACGUGCUCAUCCCAUUAAUGAAGGGAAAGAUGCUUAACUCGACUCCUCUUGUAGCUGCUGAAACUCUCGUGAACAUUUUGGUGAACAAAGAGGUACGGAAGGAGGUUCUGAUCUACGACGGUAUAAUUCCAGCGUUCAUUUCAUUCUCGAAUGUGAAUGCUGCCAGUACGAACAUUAAGGAUCGAAGCCGAGUACAUCGCGUGUGUACUUGGGGAUUGCCACGUUUGGCAAGCAGUACAAGAAGAGGAGAUAAAACCCAGCUGAUUGUAGCAGCUCUGAUAAAAUUAUUGCAGAAAAGUCUCAUCUAUCCACCGGAACCGGAAUACCUGGUGAAGGAUUUACUUGUUGAGUUGGAGAAGCAGAUCUUGGCAUUGGACAAUGCCACAUCAACAAAUGAGGUCUGCUUGCUAGUUUGGAAAGGCAUGACAGAUCUUAUGAAGACUGAAGCAUUGCAUAUCCAUGAAAGUGUGUCUGGGAAGAUGGCAAUUAUAAGGAUAAUGAGGAAACUUUGUGAAAUGUACACAGACACGUUCGGAGAGCACAAUGGCAAGUAUUUAAUUUCGUACCUUUUGUUUAUGAUCAGAGGUACUAGUUCGGAAAGGAAGAACCAUUUGGAAUCUUUACGACCUCAUCCUCGGGAGAACAUUGAGGAAUUGACGACAUUAUUGCUUCAUUCUGUCGAACUGCUUUCUUUCUGCGUGGCCCAUGGACGGAAAACGGUACAACAUGUGCUCGCCGAGAAGCUCGAGGACAGGAAUACUCUUCGCGAAGUGUUGUACAGUGAAGAAACAUCUUUGAUUUCAUAUGAGUGCAGACUUGAUGUUUUGAGUAUUUUUGAGCAAUUUGACAUGGAAGACCCUGUUGGAGACGUUGCAAUGGUGCUGAGAUGGAAGAACUCCGAAAAUCUAACUUUUCGACAGCUAGUCGCCAGUAAGUUACGGCAUUGGAUAGAGAAGAAAGAUCGCUUAACUGAGAUACAAGAUGCCGGAGGCGUUGAUGCUCUUCUGGUUUUGUUGGAAGAUAAAGAUCUGACUUGCAAACAAGAUGCCUUGGUUGCCUUGCAAGCUUUACCGUCAAAUAUUGCGGUCCCAAUUGAUCAGUUGCCGCUUCAAACAAUUGUCGGUUUUCUUGAUCAACAAUGGCACAGCGAUGUGUCAAAUGCCGCUCUGGGGCUCCUUGACUUGAUGUUAAAAAGUAAAGCAGAUAGCACCAACGAGAUUUUGGAGACUGAAGGAGCGCUUGAUGCUGCACUGAAUUUGCUUGAAAUGAACCCUCAGUGCCCGAGCAGUGAAAAAGGUGCUUCGGCACUCCUCAAGAUGGCACAAGAUCAUGCAGAUGCACGCCACCGAAUUGCCAAUGCUCGUGUAGAUGGCCUGGGUGGUCUGAAUAUUCUUGUGAAGUACGUAAAAGGGUUUGGUACAAGUGAUUUCAAGGAGGUUCUAACUGCCAUUUUGGUUUUGUUUUGCAAAAAUGAGGAAACCAGUGAGGCUGUAAUAGAAGCCGAUGGUCAUAGGUUUCUCUUGGCAUCCCUUGAGGAAAAUAUUUCGAAGCAGUCCGCUGCAGAAGGCUUACUGGAGCUCGUAAAGAAUGUCAAGACUCGACCGAAAGUCUUGGAGGCUGGCUUUGUGUCGACAGCAUGUAAAAUUGUCAGCGAUGCAGGGAGGUGUCCUUGCACUGCCAUCGCUCUUGGCUUAGAAAUUAUUAGCUCGACGCCCGAGGGACUCGACCAGAUCUGUGCAGAAGGGUCCAGCGUUUCAGCAUUGCUGACCCUUUUAGAAAAUUGUUCUGGCUCUGAUGGGAUGGAUGCAGCUGCAAUAGUUAUUUCAAGAUUAUAUCCUCUCCUUGAGCAUGAGAGUCAAGAGAGAAUGAAUCAUGCAUGCAAUAUUUUGGUCAGGUAUGUAAAGAAGACGCCUCCCAAUAGAAUAUCCCACGCCAAACCAUUUUAUCGGGCUCUUGCAGCCUUCGCCGUUAAGCCCAUGGGGAAGCUAAUUAUUCAUGAAGGCCGAUUCCUCCAUUUGCAACUCUCCAUUACCGAUUCUGACGUUCAGAAUCUGGUUCUGAAAAUUCUGGUGGAGAUGAGUGCGAAUCCUAGUGAAAAUGGGACGGCCAACCAACAUGCCACGAUGAUAAAUAAUUGUCUCAUCACCGACGAAAUUGGCGAAAACCUUUUUAGUUUCAUUAAGAAAGAGAACUUGGACCAAUUUGGGGGGAGAACAGAGAGUCUGGAGUGUGCACUUAUCCUAAUCAGAAAUUUGAGUCUGACUGGGACAAUGCAUUGUGAGCAGCUAUUACGAAAUAAUGCUGUAACCAUUCUGCUUGAUGUUGUCAAGCACCACCUGCAAAGCCUGUCCACUGUGAUUGUGCUCAGUACAAAAGCUCUCGAAAAGUUUUUGGAGGUUCCUGAAGGAAGACAAGCUUUCAUGAUUCCUGAAGGAGGACUAGCUCGAGGAGUUCAAAUUAUAGUUUCUGUUUUGGAGCAUAGUGUCCUUGGAAGAUAUGCUCAAAUCAACUCGUCUUCGACUGCCCUACUGGUGGCGGUCGCCAGAGAUAAGAAAUGUUGUAAAGAGGCCUGCAAACAAAUGUACCGUCUCGGCAUACUUAAAUUGUUGAAGGAAAUGGUACUUAGAGGUGCAACAAGUAAUAUCAUGUGGCAAGCUGCUGCAUUGAUGAAGCUCUUGGCCAUGUAUGGACCAACAAGUGUGUGCAAGGAUAUGAAAGAGGGAAAUUGCCUAAAAGCUUUGUUUGAAUUACGCAAUAUAGAUCGUUGCACUGAGUUGGCGGAAGAUGUCCUGAAAUUUGUGGCGGAAAAAAACAGAGAAUGCAAGAAGGCAAUCGAAUCAAUGGGAUUCAAUGGUUCAUUAACAGAAAGACGGUGAAAGAAUCCUCGUCAACAUUUGAUUGUUACAUCUGACGAUUCCGGGCGUAAACCAGUCGAACCCUCUCUUUUGUGCAACUUUCAAAUGUGAACCUUUUCCUGAACUAGGAACAGGCAUCGGGCUUAGCCUGACACAUGAGUUCAGAGCACCUGUUAGUAAUACCAAACUGAUCCUCAAUCACGGCCAGGACAUUGCUGCAAGAAAAAAAAUUCAAUCCAAAGUGCCACAAAAGAGAACUGCAGUUUAAGUCGGUUGCAUGUACUGAGAAGGUCUUUGGAGGAAGUGCUCUACUAGACCUAUACCUGUGGUUAGCAAAUCCGAUACAACAUACUGCUAAAGAAGAUGACCAGGUUUGGGGUUUUCUUCACCGAUUCUAGAGGGGGAGAGAGAUUUCUCUCAUUGUACACUACAGGAUAGAGGAAGGUGUACCUUACUUGAUUAGCGCUCUUAGUAAUUGUUCCUUAAAUGGGUGAUGUAAGUUACUUUGAUGCGUGUCGUGGAUCUCCAUGUACAGCAGCAAAUUGGGGCUAAGCUGAAGAUAUGUGUUUCAACAUUAAUGUUUUGACAAUUGCUUUAGGUGAUUUUGCUGAAGCACCAUGUAUUCAUAAUCUGUGGCUUCUACAUGUAA